UCCAGAGCACCGAGCAGCGAGGGCAAUAGCUACCACGUCAGUUGAUCAGUGAACAUGAAGCUGCUGGUGAGUUGUGUGACGUUUCUGAGCCUCUCGAUUGCCGUGCCUCUCGAUGGCCGACAAUCGCGAGGCCGAACGGCAGAAGAAAACUAUCAUCCGAGUUUCCCGGAGGACCGAAUUGUCCGAGCAAACACCCGCAAUGCCCAGCUGGAGCAAACCAUCGACUAUUGGUACGCGGAAGCGCGAAAGACGGUCGACAAACUGGUCGAUCGGACGGAGAACAAAAAUAUCGCCAAAAAUAUCAUCCUCUUCCUGGGCGAUGGAAUGUCGAUUGCAACGGUCGGAAUGACACGCGUCUAUUUUGGAGGAGAGGAAAAACAGCUAGCCUUCGAGACAUUCCCCUACACGGGAAUGUCGAAAACUUAUUGCGUUGACUAUCAGGUUGCUGAUUCAGCCUGUACCUCUACGGCCUAUCUUUGCGGUGUGAAGGGCAACUACGCAACGAUCGGGGUAAAUGCUCAGGUUCCAAACAUGAACUGUACUGCCGAACUGGACGAGAGCACUCAUACCCACUCGAUCGCCAAAUGGGCCAUGGAUGCCGGCAAAGACGCUGGAUUCGUCACAACGACGCGUGUCACCCACGCGAGUCCCGCCGGUAUCUACGCACACACGGCCAAUCGAGAUUGGGAAGACGACGCAUGGAUUGAGGAUGACGGGUGCGACUCAGAGGUGUUGGAUGAUAUUGCGGAGCAGCUGGUGUACGGAGAAGUUGGUAAACGUUUAAAAGUGAUCAUGGGAGGCGGUCGCCGACAAUUUCUAGGUAGUGACCUUGAUCCAGAGUACGGAACCCCAGGAAUACGAAGGGACAAUAAAAAUUUAAUUCGUGAAUGGCAAGAAAUGGAAGGUUUCGGAGAGAAUCGAACCUAUGUAUGGAAUAAAGAGGAUCUGUUUAAGGUUGAUCCAGUGCACACAGGCCGCUUGUUGGGAUUGUUCGAACCAAGCCAUUGCGCGUUCAACUUGGACCGAGUGCGGAACAACAUGGAGGCCGAACCGACGCUCGCGGAAAUGGUUGACCGUGCGACGGAUUUGCUCAGUCAAAAUGAGAAGGGAUUCUUUCUGUUCGUUGAAGGAGGCCGUAUCGAUCAUGCUCAUCACGAUAAUUGGGGCAAGCUGGCGCUGGAUGAAACGGUGGAAUUUGCAAAAGCUGUUGAGCUUGCGCGGGAGAAGUUUAGUGAUGAAGACACUCUCAUUGUUGUUACGGCCGAUCAUGCGCACAGUGUUAGCUUUAGUGGUUAUCCGAAUCGAGGUGCGGAUAUUACUGGUUCCGCAGGAACCUCUUCCGAUGGACUUCCGUACAUGACUCUCACCUACGCCAAUGGACUCGGAUUUUACGAUCACAUCGAUGUGGAGAAUAAAGGGCGGAUGGACAUUCGUAAUAUGGAUACUACUGCGGAUUACUUCCGAUAUCCAGCGACGGUUCCGGUCGAGCUGGAAACACAUGGCGGAGAGGACGUCACGGUGUAUGCUUCGGGGCCAUGGGCGCACUUGUUUACCGGAACGUACGAACAGCACGCCAUUCCCCAUAUUAUGGCAUAUGCUUCCUGCAUUGGUGACGGCCUCAAAGCCUGCUCGACGUGAUGAGGUCGAACGUCCCGAAUCAUAUGAGCAAAUAUUCGCAUUCAAUCUCGAUUUACACUCCAGUAAAUUUUUUUGACAAUAAUCCAUCAUUUAGUUUUUGUGAUAUAAAACCAAUCGAUUGGAACCUUCGUGUGCCAGUAUGAUUCCUUAAUGUCAUUAGUGACGGCAAUCAUUGUAAUUGAGACUGAAAAAAUCAAAAGCCAUAAAUCAGAUUCAUUGUUGCUAUUCGCGUGUUGAAUGCCGAUUGAAGAGAUAAGCAGCCUGUCUAAUUGUAAUCGUUUGAGCUUCGAUACUAUGAAUACGCUGUACGUGAGGUGAUAUGUACUCAGUAGCAAAGGCAGAUGGCGGCUGAAAUUUGAUUUACGAUUUAUUUCACAUGA